GGCGCCGCGACAUCGGGAACGCAGAAGUUUAACUAAUUUUAAGUAUAAACUCUUAAACGAAUAUAAAACAAAUAAUGGCAUUGCGUGUGCUUAAUGUAACGCAAAACAUGCGCUCGUUUACGCGCGGCGUUGACCUAAUCAAGCGCUACAAAUCCGCUUUGACGGUGAAGAAGACUCUGUUGAACAUACCCGCCACCCAGGUGACCAAGCUAGACAACGGUCUGCGCGUUGCUAGCGAGGAUUCGGGCGCCUCCACCGCUACCGUUGGACUCUGGAUCGAUGCUGGUUCCCGCUCCGAGAACGAGAAGAACAAUGGUGUCGCUCACUUCCUUGAGCACAUGGCCUUCAAGGGCACUGCCAAGCGUUCGCAAACCGAUUUGGAAUUGGAGGUCGAGAAUUUGGGCGCUCAUCUGAAUGCCUACACAUCUCGGGAGCAGACUGUGUUCUAUGCCAAGUGCCUGUCCAAGGAUGUGCCCAAGGCUGUAGAGAUUCUCGCCGAUAUUAUUCAGAACUCCAAGCUGGGUGAAGCCGAGAUUGCGCGUGAACGUUCUGUCAUUCUGCGUGAGAUGCAAGAGGUAGAGAGCAAUCUUCAGGAGGUGGUCUUUGACCAUUUGCAUGCCACCGCCUACCAGGGCACGCCCCUUGGCCAGACCAUCUUGGGCCCUACUAAGAACAUUCAAUCCAUUGGCAAAUCCGAUUUAACCGAUUACAUUCAGACGCACUACAAGGCAUCGCGCAUUGUUUUGGCUGGCGCUGGUGGCGUCAAGCACGACGAACUCGUCAAGCUGGCUGAUCAGUCGCUGGGCCGCCUGGAGGCCAGCUUGCUGCCCGCUGAAGUGACACCAUGCCGCUUCACUGGCUCUGAGGUGCGUGUGCGGGAUGACUCGCUGCCCCUGGCUCAUGUGGCUAUUGCUGUGGAAGGUUGCGGCUGGACCGAUCAGGAUAACAUCCCCUUGAUGGUGGCCAACACUUUGGUCGGUGCUUGGGAUCGCUCCCAGGGCGGUGGCGCCAACAAUGCAUCUAACUUGGCUCGUGCCAGCGCUGAGGAUAAUUUGUGCCACAGCUUCCAGUCGUUCAACACCUGCUACAAGGAUACCGGUCUCUGGGGCAUCUACUUCGUCUGCGAUCCUCUGCAGUGCGAGGACAUGCUCUUCAAUGUGCAAACCGAAUGGAUGCGCUUGUGCACCAUGGUCACAGAGGCUGAAGUGGAGCGUGCCAAGAACCUGUUGAAGACAAACAUGCUGUUGCAAUUGGAUGGCACCACGCCUAUCUGCGAGGACAUUGGCCGUCAGAUCCUGUGCUAUAACCGCCGCAUCCCACUGCAUGAGUUGGAGCAGCGCAUCGAUGCCGUCAGCGUGCAGAAUGUGCGUGAUGUGGGCAUGAAGUAUGUGUACGACAGAUGCCCAGCUGUUGCUGCCGUUGGUCCCGUCGAGAAUUUGCCCGACUACAACAGAAUCCGCUCCUCCAUGUACUGGUUGAGGGUUUAAAUGACGUUUGUUGCUAGUUUAAUUCACAACAUAUUUCGAUGCGAGAUCAGCUAAAAACAAAAUAAUAAUUAUAACCAAAAGAUGAAAUACAAUACAACAACACUGUAAUAUGA